AUGCAGCUCCCACCGUGGCUUGUGUGGUACAAAAAGCCCGACUAUCGGGACAUUAGGGAAUAUGCCACCGAAAUCAGCUCCGGAAAGCGAGCCUUCAGUCCCGAGCCACGCGGCAAGAUCACGGUUCCGAGUCGUCUGCGGCUUGAAAGGAUCUUGGCCAACAAGACAUGCAGCCCCAUGUCAUUUUAUGACUUUUACAUGUACUUGAAAUACAUAGAGUUUUCACCUGAAAACCUCGAAUUCUACGUCUGGUUCAAGAACUAUGAAAAAGCAUACCAGAGACUGGGCAUCACAGAAAAGGAGGAGGAAAUAUUCCGCGCAACAUUUGCCGACCAGACGGCUGCAGAUUCCGCCUUUGGAAAAGACACACGUCAGCAGGGCUCAAACAAGUCGGAUUGGGAUCCGGAUCUGGCCACAGGCGCCGACACCCUAGCACACAUCUCCAAGAUGAUCAGCAUGAACGUGGCCCUCAGCGCAAAAUCCCCAAGCGACAGCAUGUGUCCCCUCGAGCCGCCAAGCGCAAUGUGCAGCGACCAGGCCUCGCGCAGCAGCCGAGAAUGCCAAUCGACGACGACGACGACCUCCAGCGCAUCCCCCUUCUCGGCCGAGAACAUGUUCAACUCCAACCUGGGCCACGGCGCCGAGCUGCGGGCCGUGGUCAAGACGUACCUGAUGCCGGGGUCCGAGAAGGAACUCAACGUGCCGCCGGCGACGCGCGACGCCUGCCUCCGCGCCAUCCAGCACUACAUCGCCAGCAGCCAGCGCGUGUCGACGGUCAGCUCCGACAGCGGCACCGAGGCCCGCCACCUGUACUGCCACCCGGACCACCUCCGGCCCGUGGCGGACCACGUCUACGGCCUGCUCAAGAACUGCUCGCACCGCAACUUUGUCCGCCUCGGCGUGUCCAACGGCACCUACGAGACCGUCUGCGUCGCCACCUCGCUCGGCAUCGUCCUGACCACCGCCGGCUUCCUGUGCAUACUCCUGCGCGCCCUGUACCCCUUUGUCGGGGCGCACUCGCGCUGGAACGCCUUCGCCCCCUGGCCGCUGUGGUGGAUCGGCAUGGCCUUUAUCCUGUCCGGGCUCCGCGGCAGCUGCUUCUUCCUGCUCUUGUUCUCGCGCCGCCAGCCGCUGCCGUGGGAGAGGUUUGACGACGACAGCAUCACCGGCAGCGUGAGGAGCGGGUUGGACGGGCCCUGCGGGGAGCGGGCUGCGGCCGAGGCUCAGACUGAGUCGUCGCGGGGCGGACGGAAUGCCUUCCUGCGCCGCAUCUCCAGGCUGAUGAUAUUCGACCGCAAGCUCAAGGUCAAGGACACGGCGCUCCGGCGGCUCCAGACAAAGAUUGUGGUUCAGAGUCUGGCCGUCGGGGCCUUGUUUGCGAGCACUUGUGUUUUGGUGUUUAUCUGGCUGCCUUGCUGGGUUGAGAAUGUACAUCGGGGAUGA